GCCAUGUUACGUUGCUAUGCUGCUGCUCCCGCUGCUGCUGCAGCGAACCAAGCGAAGAGCCACAACUGAGCAACCGGGCAGCCUCAGUGAGCGAGCGCACGGUGACCACCGAGAGGAAAAGGCUUAACUUUUUUGGUUUAUCCAAACGUUAUUUGCUUCAAUAUUAUCAGUUAUAAAGGAUUGCGAAUAUUUACUGCUCGGUUUGGGAUGACCGAGGGCACGCUGUAGCUGGUGCUUUCUCUCCCCUGUGUGGAUUAUUGUUCGCCGUGCUGAAGAAGCAGGAGGCCCCGCGGUGAAUGUGUGUGUGCAGGCUCGGGGAUGAUAAUGAUGAGGUUUCAGUGGGGCUGCAGCGGGUGAAUUGAACUGGGCUUUUAUGUUCUUCUCCUCUUUGAUUCCCCUUACCUUAAUAAAAAUUAAUUCCCCAAAAAACUGGACCCUCCUGGAGCUGUUUAUGAAGACUUUGUGUGGACAGUAAUGAGCGCACGCUUCCGAUUGCCUGCUGGCAGAUCCUACAAUGUCCGAGCGUCGGAGCUGGCACGAGACAGACAGCACACAGAGGUGGUCUGUAACGUACUUCUGCUGGACAACACUGUUCAAGCCUUCAAAGUUAACAAGCACGAUCAAGGACAGGUCCUGCUGGAUGUAGUCUUCAAACACCUGGAGCUGACGGAGAGGGACUACUUUGGGCUGCAGCUUGCCGACGAUUCCUCUGAUAGUCCGAGGUGGCUGGAUCCAAACAAACCCAUUAGAAAACAAUUAAAAAGAGGAUCUCCUCACAAUUUGAAUUUCAGAGUCAAAUUUUUCGUUAGCGAUCCGAAUAAGCUUCAGGAAGAUUACACAAGGUACCAGUAUUUCCUGCAGAUCAAACAGGACGUUCUCAGUGGAAGGCUGCCUUGCGCCCACAACACUGCCGCCCUGCUGGCCUCGUUUGCAGUUCAGUCCGAGCUGGGAGACUACAGCCAUUCGGAGCACCUGCCCGGCUACCUCUCCGAGUUCUGCUUCCUCCACAACCCGCCCCAGGACUUCGAGAAGGAGAUCGCCAAGCACCAUCAGCAGCACACCGGACUGUCCCCCGCCCAGGCCGAGUUCAGCUACCUUAACGCCGCACGCACGUUGGAGCUCUACGGAGUCGAGUUGCACUAUGCAAGGGAUCAAAGUAACACGGAGAUUUUAAUCGGGGUGACGUCGGCAGGGAUCGUCGUUUAUAAGAACAGGGUUCGAAUCAACUGCUUUCCAUGGUUGAAGAUUGUAAAAAUAUCUUUUAAAUGUAAACAGUUUUUUGUUCAGCUCCGAAGAGAAUUGCUUGAGACCCGGGAGACGCUGCUGGGGUUCAACAUGGUGAACUACCGGGCCUGUAAGAACCUGUGGAAGGCGUGUGUGGAGCACCACACCUUCUUCCGCCUGGACCGCCCCCUCCCCCCGCAGAAGAACUUCUUCGCGCAUUACUUCACCCUGGGUUCCAAGUUCCGCUACUGUGGAAGGACGGAGGUGCAGUCUGUGCAGUAUGGAAAGGAGAAGGGGAUCAAAGACCGGGCGUUCGCCAGGUCUCCCAGCAAGCCCCUGGCCCGGAAGCUGAUCAGCGGGACGGACUGGGAAUCCGUCAGCCGCAAUUCCCUGUCGGACGAGCGGCUGGAGACCCAGAGCCUUCCCACCCGCUCCCCGCCCGGCACCCCCAACCACCGGAACUCCAUGUUUGCACAAGAGGGGACCCGCCUGCGACCGUCUUCCGUCGGACACCUGGUGGACCACGUGAUCCACACCUCGCCCGGGCAGGUCUUCGCCAACCACAAGUCGGCCUCCUCCACCCAGGCCAACAGCAUCAGCUUGGACUCGUCACCGUCUCCGGAUGGUACCAUCGAUGGGCAGCCUCCCGCUCUGCCGCCCAAACAGUCCCGGAAGACCGUGUACAGCCAGAUCAUCCAGUCCCACUCCCAGCAGGAGCUGGACAACCACGUCAACGAGAUGUACGACGUCCCGGCCUCGGACAAGUCCAUGCUGAACGGGGUCGUUCCUCACGACAACCUGGUCUUGAUCAAAAUGAGGCCUGACGAAAACGGGCGAUUCGGCUUCAACGUGAAGGGCGGCGCCGAUCAGAAGAUGCCUGUCAUCGUGUCGCGGGUGGCUCCCGGAACGUCGGCUGACCUGUGCGUGCCUCGUCUGAACGAGGGGGACCAGGUGGUGCUGAUCAAUGGCCGGGACAUCUCGGAGCACACCCACGACCAGGUGGUCAUGUUCAUCAAGGCCAGCUGCGAGAGCCACUCCGGGGAGCUCAUCCUGCUGGUCCGGCCCAAUGCCAUCUACGACGUGGUGGAGGAGAAGCUGGAGACGGAGCCGGACUUCCAGUACAUCCCGGAGAAGUCCCCGGUGGACCCGUCCCAGCUGGACGAGGACGCCUGGAGGGGGGCCAUGCAGCAGCUGAAGGAGGGUCUGAGCAGCGGCGGGCUUCUGGCUCAGUUUGACCAACUGUACCGGAAAAGGCCUGGAAUGACCAUGUCGUGUGCCAAAUUACCUCAGAACAUUUCCAAAAACCGAUACAGAGACAUCUCACCUUAUGACGCAACGCGUGUUAUUUUGAAGGGCGCGGACGACUACAUCAAUGCAAAUUACAUCAAUAUGGAGAUCCCUGCUUCCAGCCUGAUUAACCGCUACAUCGCCUGCCAGGGGCCACUGCCCAACACCUGCCCAGACUUCUGGCAGAUGACCUGGGAGCAGGGCUCCUCCAUGGUGGUCAUGCUCACCACCCAAGUGGAGCGAGGACGGGUGAAGUGUCAUCAGUACUGGCCCAACCCCUCGGUCACUUGCACCUACGGAAACUUCCAGGUGGCCUGUCUGUCUGAAGAAGGGAACUCUGCAUUUCUCGUCAGGGACAUGACUCUGACCAACCUGGAAACCACGGAGAGCCGGCAGCUGACCCAGAUCCAGUACCUGGCGUGGCCCGACCACGGAGUGCCGGACGACUCCACCGACUUCCUGGAUUUCGUCAGCCUGGUGCGCGGCAAGAGGGCCGGCAAGGAUGAGCCGGUGGUGGUACACUGCAGCGCCGGGAUUGGCCGGACCGGAGUGCUGAUCACCAUGGAAACAGCAAUGUGUUUGAUUGAAUGCAAUCAGCCCGUGUACCCGUUGGACAUCGUGAGGACGAUGCGAGACCAGAGGGCCAUGAUGAUUCAGACCCCCAGCCAGUACAGGUUUGUGUGCGAAGCCAUCCUGAAGGUGUACGAGGAAGGCCUGGUGAAGCCCCUGAAGUCCGCCCUGUACGAGUAGAGACCGGGAAGCACGGCGACUCCCGCGACCGCGACGGGCGGGAAGACGGGGGCUUCGAGGCCGCCGGGCCUGGACUUCGGGACGACCGCGUCCGGGCGUCGCCACGCCACGCCACGCCACGUCACAGCCCCGCCCCGUCGUCGUCGUCCUCCUCUCCUCCUCUCUCCCGCCACUCGCCAACGGGACGCCGAGCGGAAUCUUAAGGAGCUUCCGACGUUUCGGAGAGAACCGCACUGCUGCACUUUAUGUUGACGAGAAAAAAAAAAAAAGAAAGAAACUAAAAGAUGCAUUCAAAAACGGAAAGAAAGAAAAAAAUCCAUCGAUGACAAAACGAAUAGGAACUGGUUAGGGGGACAGCUUGUGUUCAGGGUCAAGAGAAGUGUGAAAACAGAGAUUGCUGUAGUGCCAUAACUAAGAAGGGCAGACCUUCACAGUCAAAAACGUUUCUGAUUCUUUCCAGUUGCCCAACCCCCCCCCUCCUCCGGUUUCGGUUUCCACACAGAUCCACGAGACGGACAUGGUCCUUCGCCCGCGUGGUCCACCUCAGUGAACAGCAGCUCUUUUUAAAGCGUAUUUAUUGUUUUAGGUUCAUGUUAAUGUCUAUGCCCCCCCUGUGUUGACUAUGGAUUCCGUUUCUGUCAUCUAGGUGUCCCUCCGCAACAGAAUUUCUUAAGUUAGUGAUGAUCCUGGCGGUGUUGUUUUUAAUGGAGGAUCCCGCUUGCUCUCUUUUGAACGGCACUUCCGUGGUAGACCGGUACUGUAGAGCGCUUUGAGUGGCGCGUGCUGUUAAUCAGUGUCCUCUCUCUCAGUGGGCUCUCAGAGAUCCCUCUCGCCGUCGGCAGUGCUCGCUCUGCUCGAAUCGGGUGAACGUUCUGCCUGUCUCUGUGCAUUUUUCCUUCUUAAGUGUGUCUGUGGUUCCAAACUCCCAAGAUGUCUGGUGCAGGAGACACUAGUUGCUCGCUGUAUCGAAGCCUCUUGCAUU